GUAAAAGAAGCCAUCUUAAAGGACAAAUUGCCCUGUCCCCCAGAAACGGCUGUGCUUCUGGCCUCCUACGCGUGUCAAGCGAAGUACGGAGACUACGAUAGGGACCGCUUCACUAGACAUCCAAUUCCAAUUGAUCGACUUCUCUCGCCCAAGUGA